AUGGGGCUAUGUCUGAAUUGUUUGGAUUCCGGACAUUUUGUUGCUGAUUGCAUGCAGGAAUCCUGUUUGAAGUGUGGACAAUAUCACCACGUUCUUUUGCACCCGUAUUCUCCCAACCAAAGCAGCCAACAAAACAUGCAGAACGUCUCUCAAGACCCACGAAGACCUCAACGCGCGGACAGUCAAACAAGAAGGCAACCUUAUACACAACAGGCUCAGUCCCGGAUGAAUAGCAACCAAUCUUCACAAAACAUCUCACAACCUACACAACAGCCACCUCCCACAAACACUCCCACUCUUAGCCACCACACUUCUACUCUACUAGGUACACAACGCAACACCCACACCGCCAUCCUGUCGACAGCCGUUGUCAUGCUGUCUGAUAGCAGUGGCAACAAAGUUUUAGCUCAUUUGCCACAGAGAAGCUUUGAUGUCAGCGCCUGGAAUCUUCCGUCGUCCAUCCGCUUAGCCGAUCCCAGAUUCAACGAAUCUAGCUCAGUUGAUCUUGUUAUAGGAGUCUCCACCUUUUAUGAGUUGUUACUAGCGGAGCAAAUGAAGAUUACUGAUGCUGGUCCAAUUCUUCAAAACACCCAGCUGGGAUGGAUCGUAGCAGGAGAGUUUCCAGAAACGCCAGUCACUUCUUACAGCGCCAUGACACCAGAAGUUUCCACUGAUGAGGUACUGCAGCAGCUAACCAAAUUCUGGGAAUUGGAGUCCUGCCGAACGAAAAGUUGUUUGUCAAUUGAAGAGUCCACUUGUGAAGACAUCUUUAAUCAAACUACUACUCGAGAUCCCGACGGAAAACUAAGAGUUUUUCUCCCAAAGAGAGAGUUUAUGAUUGAAAGAUUAGGUAAUUCGAAGCGGGCAGCCACGAAACGUUUUCUAGCUUUGGAAAACAGAUUGAAAACUAAUCUUGAGGUGAAAGCUCUUUACACAGCUUUUAUUCAUGAAUACCAGUUGAUGGGACACAUGCGUGAGGUACACGAGGUCGAAGAUGAACCUGCAGUCUGUUACUACCUGCCACAUCAACCGGUGAUGAAACCCAGCAGUACAACUACAAAACUCAGAGUGGUGUUCGAUGCUUCUUGCUCCACCAGCUCUGGAGUUUCUCUAAAUGAUAUCCUGAUGGUAGGACCAGUCGUCCAGGACGAUUUAAUAGCAAUCCUAUUGAGAUUUCGUAUCCACAAGUACGCGAUAGUUGGAGACAUUGAAAAGAUGUAUCGCAUGGUAAACGUUCAUGAGAAAGAUCAGCCGCUACAACGGAUUCUGUGGAGAGAAUCCAGCGAAGAACCGCUCCGCACGUACCAGUUAACUACAGUAACCUACGGAACAUCUUCUGCACCGUAUUUAGCAACGCGAUGCUUGCUGAAAUGUGCUGAGGAUGGAAAAUCUUCGCAUCCAGACGCAGCAGUCAUUAUAAAAAAGAAUUUUUACGUCGACGACAUGCUAGCGGGAGCGCAUACUAUUGAUGAAGGGAAAAGCAUGUGCAAAUCAACUGUAGAGCUGUUGAACUCUUAUGGAUUUUGCCUGAGGAAGUUGAACAGCAACCAUCCCGACUUGCUACGUGAACUUCCAGCACAUUUAUGUGACAAGAAAGAUUUCUUGGAUGUACAGACCGGAAAUAGUACCAUACAAACCCUCGGACUUACUUGGGAACCAGCACAGGAUUUGUUUUGGUUUAAGCUACCAGUUUGGAAACCUGUUUUUCCGGUUACAUUUCGCCUUGUCUUGUCUGAUACUGCGCGUUUGUUUGAUCCCUACGGUUUCGCAGGUCCAGUUAUAGUCCAAGCAAAGAUGUUUCUCCAAGAACUUUGGAAGGAAAAGUAUUCUUGGGACGAACCAUUAAAAGAUGAGCAUCAGCAAUUUUGGCUGGAGUUUAGGGACAAAUUAAAUGGUCUAGAUGGAGUAUCUAUUCCUCGAUGGAUCGCAUUCCGCAAGGACGUGAUUGCAUGCGAGAUUCACGGAUUCUGCGAUGCCUCUGAAAAGGCUUACGGAGCUGCGAUUUAUUUACGAAACACAACCAAGGACGGAGAGGUUACUAUUCGGCUGGUGACUGCCAAAUCCAAAGUAGCUCCUCUGGAUGAUGUUAAAGGGAAAAAACGGAAGCAAACAAUACCUCGACUUGAGCUCUCAGCAGCCGUUCUUCUGUCACAUGUGUACGAAACAGUUCAAAACAGUCUGGAGAUCGGUGCUAAGGCUUAUUUUUGGACGGACUCUACCAUUGUAAAAUGUUGGCUUUCAGCACACCCUUCAAGAUGGAAUGUGUUUGUAGCGAAUCGUGUCUCAGAGAUUCAGCACAUCACUCGUGACGGUAUUUGGAAUCAUGUUCCAGGUAUCGAGAACCCCGCAGACAUUAUAUCCCGAGGGCUCACACCUGCGCAAUUGGCCCAAAGUUCACUUUGGUGGAAUGGUCCAGAAUGGUUGGCGAAGGAUUCUAAAAGCUGGCCACAGAGCUCGCCAAAUGAGCAGCAAUUCGAUUCAGUUUUGUUGGAAGAAAAACCUUUAGUCUGUGCGGCUCUGCAGAUCUUGUCACACAGUGAAAUUUUUGGACUUAAGGAAUCACUCCUGGGUCUCGUGCGAUUGACCGCCUGGAUGCGUCGUUUUGCCUUCAAUUGUCGACAUAAGGAUCCCAACGAACAUCGAAUUGGAGUAUUGAAAAGUGAGGAGCAUAAAGAAGCAUUGCUGUGUUUAGUAAAAAUAGCCCAAUCGGAAAGUUUCCCUGUUGAUAUAGCGGACCUCGUAGCGAAAAAUGAAGUGAAGUCUUCAUCGAGAAUACUUCCAUUUCAUCCAAUUAUGAAAGAUGGGGUUUUAUGCGUAGGCGGGCGGCUUAGAAAUGCUGCGAUUCCCGAGGAGCGAAAGCACCCGAUGCUGUUAGAUAACAAACAUCCUUUGACAAAGCUAGUAUUUGUGGACUAUCAUCAUAGACUUCUUCAUGGUGGACCACAACUGAUGAUGGCGAGUGUUCGAGAACGCUUUUGGCCGAUUGCAGCUCGGAAUUUAGCCAGAGAAGUUGUGCACAGUUGUGUAAGAUGCUUUAGAGCGAGACCACGUGUUCAUGAACAAUUGAUGGGAGAUUUACCUAUGGAACGCGUAUCGCCGGCCCCAGUAUUCCAACGAGUUGGUGUGGACUAUUGUGGUCCUUUUGAAAUCAAAGCUAUCCAUCGGAAAGGAGCUAUGAAUAGAUGCUACGUAUGCGUAUUCGUGUGUCUCGUCGUGAAAGCUGUUCACGUGGAAGUCGUAGCAGAUCUUUCCACCGGUGCAUUUGUAGCAGCAUUUAGGAGGUUUACAAGCAGACGUGGGAGGCCCGUACUUGUCAUGUGCGACAAUGGCACCAACUUUGUAGGAGCUCGUCGAGAGCUGAAUGAAUUACAUCGUUUGUUUACUGCCGAGCAAUUUCGAAACUCUGUAGUUACAGAAGCCGCCAGUGAGGGCAUCGAGUUUAAGUUCAUCCCUCCCAGAUCACCGAAUUUUGGUGGAUUGUGGGAGUCUGCAGUAAAAUCAAUCAAAACACACAUGCGCAGAGUCAUUGGAAGAUAUGUACUGAGACCCGAUGAAUUCCACACUGUAGUAGUUCAGAUAGAAGCAUGCCUGAACUCCAGACCUCUCACACCGAUAUCCAAUGAUUCAGAAGAUUUAGAAGUGCUCACUCCAGGACAUUUCAUAAUACAUCGAUCGUUGCAAGCAGUGCCAGAUCCAAAUCUUCUGCAUCUUCCAGAAAAUCGUCUGAAUAGGUGGCAACAAGUUCAAGCGAUCAACCAGUUGAUUUGGAAGCGUUGGUCGACCGAUUACCUGUCACAGCUUCAAAGCCGGAACAAAUGGACGAGGCAAAGAUCCAACCUGCACAUUGGAACAAUGGUUCUGCUCAAAGAGGACAACUUGCCUCCUCUAGAAUGGAAACUAGGACGCGUUACUAACAUCCAGCCUGGUUCAGAUGGAAACAUCCGUGUAGUUACAGUCCGCACGCAAUAUGGAGAGUUCACGAGAGGUAUCUCCAAGAUUUGCAUUCUUCCCAUCCGAGACAAUCAGCCAUCUGAAAAUCCACGCGAGCAUCAUUAA